AUGGCCUCCUUCGACGACAAGCCCGACCAGACCUCCUCCCUCGAGAAGGGCCCCGUCCACGACUAUGUCGUCACCCAGACCGACGAGCGCUACCACUUCGACGCCGCCGACCUCGACCGCGUCCAGCGCAAGCUCAAGCAGCGCCAUGUCCAGAUGAUUGCCAUCGCGGGCACCCUCGGUACUGGUCUCUUCCUUGGUUCUGGCGGUGCGCUCGCGAACGCCGGUCCUGCCGGCGCGCUCAUCGUCUACGCGUUCAUCGGCACCGUCGUCUACUCGUCCCUCUGCGCCGUUGGCGAGAUGACGUCGCACGCGCCCAUCUCCGGCUCCUUCCCCCACUUCGCCUCGCGUUGGGUAGACCCCGCAUUCGGUUUUGCCGUCGGCUGGAAUUACUUCUACACCAACGCCAUCUCCGUCCCGGUCGAAAUCUCCGCCGCAGGCCUCAUCCUCACCUUCUGGGACUCGGACACCAACCACCAAGCGGGCUACACCGCCGCGAUUUGCGUUCUGACCUGCCUCAUCAACAUCUUCGGUGUCCGGUGGUUCGGCGAGUCCGAGUUCGUGUUCUCGAUCAUCAAGAUCAUGCUCAUCACCAUCCUCAUCAUCACCGGUCUUGUCAUCGAUCUCGGAGGUGCCCCCAAGCACGACCGUAUUGGUUUCCGCUACUGGAAGACCCCCGGUUCUUUCGCUGGUGUCGGCCUCGAGCCCAAACACAUCGGUCUUGACCGCUUCCUCGGCAUGCUCAAGGUCGUCGUCCAGGCUGCCUUUUCCUUCCAGGGUAUGGAGCUUGUUGCCAUCGCCGCCUCUGAGACCCAGAGCCCGCGUCGCAACAUCGCGAAGGCCGUCCGCCGUGUGUUCUGGCGUAUCUUGGUCUUCUACCUCCUCGGUGUUUUCGUCACCGGCUUGAUCGUCCCCUACGACGACCCGAACCUGCUCCAGAGCACCGGUAACGCCGCGCAAUCGCCGUACGUCAUCGCGAUGAACCUCGCCGGCAUCAAGAUCCUCCCCCACAUCGUCAACGCGAUGGUCUUCACCUCCGCGUUCUCCGCCGGCAACUCCUUCCUCUUCUGCUCCUCGCGUGUCCUCUACGGUCUCGCGCUCCGUGGACAGGCGCCGAAGGUCUUCACGUACUGCACCAAGGGCGGUCUCCCGCUCUUCGCGGUUCUCGCCGCCUCCGUGUUCGCCUUCCUCUCGUUCCUGAACGUCCAGUCCUCGGCCGAGCAGGUGUUCAACUGGUUCGUCAACCUGUCCACCGUCGGCGGCUUCUUCUCGUGGCUCGCCUUCAACAUCACGUACAUCUUCUUCUACCGCGGCUUCAAGGCGCAGGGCCUCGACCGCACCAAGCUCGUGUACUACAACAGGCUCCAGCCUUGGCUCUCGUACUGGGGUGUCUUCUGGAUCACGAUCUUCAUCCUCAUCAACGGCUUCUCCGUCUUCUGGGACUUCAACGCGUCCGACUUCCUCACCGCAUACAUCAACAUCCCGCUCUUCCUCGCCCUCUACGUCUUCUGGAAGUUCUUCAAGAAGACCAAGGUCUGGAAGCCGCACGAGAUGGACUUCGUGACCGGCAUCCCGACCAUCGAGGAGACCGAGCUCCCCGAGGAAACGCCCGUCACGAUCCCGCAGAAGAUCGCGGCCGUGCUCUUCUAA